CAAGUAAGCCUCAGAAAUUUCAAAAUUUGUUUUCUUUCAUAAUCUUGAAGUAGUUCAUUACAUCUGCUAAUACACUUUUUGGGAGCAGUUGAAUGGAGCAGUUGCAUUUCUUAUGUCAUUUAGAAUUAGAAAAGAGGGUUUAAAUGAAACAAUGGGGUGGUUUCUCUUGAAUGUUCAUUUUUCAAGCAACAAAAAUCAAAAUGGAAGAGGAAAACACUUCUUUCCAUGGAUUAUUGAAGAAGCAAGCUUCUUUCUUCUUCAAAUCAAAGUUCAAAAUGGCUCGUUUGGCCUUCACUGAUGUUACUCCUGCGCAACUGCUGACAGAAGAAGCCACAAGUGGGAAUCCAUGGCCACCAGACGCACCCACCAUGAGAGUGAUAACAAGGGCAGCUUUUGAAGUUAAUGAUUUCUUCAGAAUUGUGGAGAUUCUUCACAACAGACUAAAGAAAUUUAAGGCAAAAGAUUGGAGAGCAGGUUAUAAUGCUCUGAUAUUGUUAGAACAUGUUCUAACACAUGGGCCACAGAGCUUUGCUGAGGAAUUUGAGGAUGAUCUACAAAUUUUUAAAACAAUGGAUGGCUUCCACUUUCUUGAUGAGAAAGGAUUCAAUUGGGGACACAGCGUGAGAAAGUUAAGCGCAAGAGUAGUAAAACUUCUCGAAGACAGAGAAUUUCUCAAGGAAGAAAGAAGUAGAGUUCGUAACCUGAGUCGCGGAAUCCAAGGCUUCGGAAACUUCAGCCAUCGAUCCUUUCCGACGACGGCCGAUUCACAUUCCGGAAAGUACAAGCGAUACAAUUCUGAGUGCAUCGACCGGCGAUCCGAUCGGGCGGCGCCGGCAAGAGAGAAUUCACCGAUCAAGGAGAAAGAGGCGGAAAGGAGAUUGAAGGAGGAGGGCGAUUCAGAGUCGAAAUUGGGCGGAGGAGGUGAAAAUACGAAGGUCGAUCAUCCGUUUUGUGAGUUUAAGCAUCAGGUUUCAGAAUCUCUUCUUUCUUCUUCUAUCGAAUGGUGAGAUUUUGAUGCUUCGGGAAGAAGAAAACUGGACUGAACUCGCAUUUGUAAAUUAUAUAUAUGAGUAUGUAACCUGACCCGACAAUAGGAAGAAUAAAAAGUUGUAAUAUAUCAUUUUAUUAUAUGGGUAUUAAU